AUGCCACAAUCGGUGUCCGCUGACGAGCGCGACGCUCGCCUUCAAAAGGUCCUCGUGGCCUUUCUGAAAGGAACCCGGAGCAUCUUGGCCCCCCGUGAAGCUCAGUUGUUCCUAGAGGCUGUCCGGAAGCAGCCGUCGCCUUCACUUCUCGUUGAGAAGAUCAUUGCAAGUCCUUCUGGACUCAAGGCUGUACGACAAGCAGUCCGAGCCAGCGAUACCACCGAGCACAUCACUUCCCACGUCCUGCCCUUUGCCAGAUAUAUCUCUGAUCCGGAUGUGAAGGCCUUGUCGGGGGGAAGACUUCUUCAAAAAAUCAUCCUCGCCAUUGUCGACCCUCCCACGGCAUGGGCACCCCUGCUAGCCCUCUACACCGAGACGGGGUUUGAGGACUCAGAGCCUAGUGCUGUUGCCUUCGCAUGGCUCUGUCUCGAGAUUGCUAGCGGCGAUGCUCCUGAGCUCGCUGAGCUGUCGGACAGACUCAGCACAACCCUCCAGACCCGACCACUGCUCAAGCACGCCAGCCACAAGGUCCGAGAGUACGCCUACCGAAUCCAGAAGAUUCUGCAAAACCGGCUUUCGCAGCAAGCAUCAGACGCUGUCUUGGGAAUGGAGGCGCCGGGCGGUAGACACGACAAUGACUUUGCCAACUUCCGCGAAAUUUCCAUUUAUCCGACAACUGACGAGCUUGCCUCGACGCUGAAGCCGUUUUACCGGACGCUUGCAGAGAUCACCGCUGCGGAUCCGUCCUGCAGAUUCAAGGACUAUGUCGACAAUCUCUACCGUCUUUAUCGCGAAGAAAUGCUGUACGAACUUCGCGAGGAAUUGCACAUUGCCACUGGGACAAAGAAGUCUCGCAGGCGCCCUGCGAGGACUCUCGGUAUAUCUGGCAUAUCUCAACUGGACAUGGGGGACAGCGCGAGCGGUCGCCCGUGUGCUCUCAUCGUCGUCAUUGGCUCUGGCCUAAAAGUCCUGGAGAACAGGAGUCCUGACAAGGUGAGGGCUUUCCGACGGGAGAAUCCCAGUUUCCUUCGGAACCAGGCCUUUGGAGCUUUGUGCUCGGGCUCUGAUGUCGUUGGGUUCGCCACAAUACAUAUCGACAACGAUCUCCUGGUGGGCCAGCAUCCCAAGGUCGGACUUCAGUUCACCAACACCAAAUUUUUGGCUAAAGUCGUUGGUGAAAUCAGCACUAUGAAGAGCCUCCGCUUUAUUCUUAUCAACACUCCCGUCUUCGCUUACGAGCCUGUUUUAAAGCGUCUCAAGGAAAUCAGGCAGCUCCCUCUUGAAUCUCAAAUACUUCGCUUGAAUGUGGAAAGCGACGGUAACCUUGACGGGUUCUGUCCUCUUCCAUACGUUUUGCCUUUUCUGAAGAAGCUCGAAGUGCUGGAGAGCAGUGCGGCAGGUGGCGUUUUCGCCCAUGAGGGAGACGAGUAUACCCUCGAUGCAGCACAAGGCAAAGCCGUCUCGUACGCUCUGAGAUCACCACUUGCAAUAAUCCAAGGACCGCCAGGUACCGGAAAGUCCUUCGUCGGGGCACUUGUUGCAAAGCUGCUGCUCGAGGGCCCCUCGAUACGCAUAUUAGUUCUUUCAUACACAAAUCAUGCUCUAGACCAGUUUCUUGAAGAUCUCAUCAAUAUUGGCGUUACAAAGAGCAUGACUCGCCUUGGAUCCAAGUCGUCAACAGUGACUGCUCCCUUGUUAUUCAAAAACCAGUUCCGAGCCUCUAGUACCCCCAAGUCGCAAACUGCAUUUCAGCACAUCAAUGAACUCAAAAAACAAGGCGACGUAUUGAGGGGAAAGGUUCAGAGAAUGUUUGUAAAAGUCGGUACCAAAGUUUCUGGUUCCGACAUACUUUCCUACCUCGAAUUUUCCGAGGAUCCCCGAGAUGGGGAGUUCUGGGACGCCUUCCAAGUUCGUCGUGCGGAAAAUGGCUUCAGGGUCAUGGGGAAAGGGGGCCAACCUAUACAGGAGGAUCAUCUCAUCAACGCUUGGAAGGCGGGAAAGGGCCCUGAAAAGCUCAGAGACCUCAUCCCAGCCAGCUUCCGCUUCAUCUGGGACAUUCCCAAGCCACAGAGAAAAUCUUACAUGGACAAAUGGACCUGCGCCCUCCAACAAGAGCGAGCUGAUGAGUUCGAGAAGCUCGUUGAUAAGGUCAACAGGAACCAAGAGCAGAUUGAUAUGUACUACAACCACGUCAAAUGCGACUUCAUAGCCGAGAAGCGGGUCAUAGGAUGCACGACAACAGCUGCUGCAAAAUAUUCAUCCCUCAUCGAGGCUGCCAAGGUGGAUUGCGUGCUGGUUGAGGAAGCCGGAGAGAUUUUGGAAGCCCACGUUCUCACUGCUCUGAACCACACGACGAAAAAGCUCAUUCUCAUCGGCGACCACAAGCAGCUGAGACCAAGGUACAAUAACUAUGACCUGAGCGUCGAGAAGGGAGACGGGUACGACUUUAACAAGUCCAUGUUUGAGAGGCUCAUCGAGCAGGGCCACCUGCAUGUUACCCUACAAAAUCAGCACCGGAUGGACCCCGAAAUCUCACAAAUUGUCCGCCAUAUGACAUACCCUGAUCUCCUUGACGACUACAAGACAAAGUCCAGACCUGCUAUUCGCGGAAUCGUUGGCCGCGUCGUCUUCAUGAACCAUGACAAGCCGGAGAACGAUGUCGGCCAACUGCAGGAUACACGCGAUGCCGGGACCGUGUUCAGCAAAGAAAACAGUUUUGAGGUCGAGAUGGUGCUCAAACUUGUCAAAUACCUGGGCCAACAAGGCUACAAUACGUCCAACAUAGUCAUACUUACCCCUUAUCUCGGUCAGCUACGGUUGCUGAGAGAUGCGCUGAUCAAGACCACGGAUCCCAUCUUGAGCGACUUCGACUCGGGCGAGCUCAUUCGAGCAGGAUUGCUCACCUCUGCUGCUGGUAAUGUAGACCGGGGGGAAAUUCGACUGUCCACAAUCGACAACUACCAGGGCGAAGAGAGAGAUAUAGUCAUUGCGUCUCUGACACGUAGCAAUGAAAGAGGAGACAUCGGCUUCAUGAAAGCCCCCGAGCGUCUGAACGUCUUGGUCUCUAGGGCACGCAAUUGCCUGAUCAUGAUCGGGAACAUGGCGACGUUUAUCAAUUCCCUGCAGGGCAAGGACACCUGGGUCCCAUUCUUCCAGCUUCUCAAGGACAAGGAGUAUCUUCAAGAUGGAAUCAGAGUCAGAUGUGAGCAGCAUCCCGAACGAACAUCCACACUGGCCAGCCCGCAGGACUUUGAACUGAAGUGUCCCGAUGGUGGCUGCUCAGAGCUAUGUGGUGCUCAGCUCAGCUGUGGCCUUCAUGUCUGCAAGCGCCGUUGCCACACUAUUACCGAUCAUACAAAGAUUACCUGUGGCGAGGAGGUUGACAAGGUUUGUGAAAAGAACCACACAUACAAGGUCGGCUGCCAGGAUCGAAAUGUUCGAUGCUGCCGGUGCAUGUCGGAGGAAGAAGACAUGCGCCGGCGUCUUCAGCGCAACUUCGACCUUGAGAAGGCUAGGGUGCAGCGCCAAGAAGCGUACCGCAAAGAAUUGAAAGAAAUUCAAGACGAGCUGGACUAUGAGAAGAGGCUUCUCAAAGAAGAUAGGGAGCGUGACUACCGGUCGCGCACUCUGGAGCAACGACGCUCUGAGCUCGCAGAGCUAAAAGAAACCAGGAAGAGACAGGAAGCAAUGAAAAGGGCCGAGGAUUCAAGAGAAUUGGCUGAUUCGAAGACGCCUUCAUCCCCUGUCUCUAGCGACAAUGGCGAGAAGCCCCAGUUCGAGCGCGGCACACCCGAGGAGGAGUGGGACUACCUCAAACGAGAAGAGCUCGCAAGAAGCGAAGCUAUAGACUUGCUGAUGCAAACAAUGAUUGGCCUCAGAGAUGUGAAGCAAGCCUUUCUAAAUAUCAAGUCGGUGGUUGACACGGCUACGCGACAAAACGUGCCGAUCAAGGACGAGAGAUUUGGGUGCAGCCUUCUCGGAAAUCCGGGAACAGGAAAAACAACGGUUGCGAGGCUGUAUGGCAAUCUCCUGACUUCCAUGGGUGUCAUUUCUGGGAGAUGCUUUAAAGAGACGACGGGUUCAAAGCUGGCCAAUAUGGGUGUAUCCGGAUCCCAGAAACUUCUUGACGAGAUGCUCGAGAAGGGCGGGGGGGUCGUCUUCAUUGACGAGGCAUACCAGCUUUCAUCUGGAAACAGUCCCGGCGGAAAAGCUGUUUUGGACUUUUUGCUCGCCGAGGUCGAGAACCUGAAUUCGAAAAUCUGCUUCGUCCUUGCUGGAUACACGAAGCAGAUGGAAGCCUUCUUCGCCCACAACCCGGGUCUUUCGAGUCGUUUCCCGCACGAGAUGAAGUUUGCCGACUACAGCGACGACGAGUUGCUGAAGAUCCUGGGGUCCAAGAUAAAUGGCAGGUACAAAGGUCGAAUGAAGAUUGAGGAUGGUAUCGAUGGCCUCUAUCUUCGGAUUAUCGCACAAAGACUUGGCCGUGGACGUGGAAAAGAAGGCUUCGGAAACGCCCGAGCAGCCGAGAAUAUGCUGUCCACAGUCUACCGACGCCAGAGUGAGCGCCUCAGGCGUGAGCGCCGACAAAAAAAGAAACCCGAUGACUUGCUCCUAACAAAGAGCGACAUUAUCGGACCGGAACCGGCCAACGCACUCGCGCACUCCGAGGCGUGGAAGGAGCUGGGACGACUCACGGGCCUCGGCUCUGUCAAAUCAUCGGUGAAGUCCCUUGUCGACAGCAUCCAGGCCAACUAUCAACGCGAGUUGCAGGAGAAACCUAUCAUCCAGUACAGCCUCAAUCGCGUCUUCUUAGGGAACCCUGGAACGGGAAAGACGACUGUAGCCAAGAUUUACGGGAAGAUCCUUGUCGAACUUGGCCUCUUGUCGAAAGGUGAGGUGGUUAUCAAAAACCCUGCCGACUUUGUCGGCAGCGUCCUUGGACAGUCGGAGCAACAGACAAAAGGAAUCCUGUCAGCCUGCAUCGGCAAGGUUCUGGUCAUCGACGAAGCCUACGGGCUGUACGGAGGAGGAGGAUCUACCUUGGAUCCAUACAAGACAGCGGUUAUCGACACAAUUGUUGCCGAGGUACAGAGUGUCCCUGGUGACGACCGAUGCGUCCUGCUCCUAGGAUACAAGGACCAGAUGGAGGACAUGUUCCAGAACGUCAACCCAGGUCUGUCGCGGCGCUUCCCACUGGCAUCCGGUUUCCUUUUUGAAGACUUCUCCCAGGAGCAGUUGGCCACCAUACUGGACGCCAAGUUGAAGACACAAGGCUUUGGAAUCACUGCAAUAGCCAAGAAGGUGGCGCUCGACAUGCUCGAUCGGGCGAGGAACCGCCCGCAUUUUGGAAAUGCCGGAGAGAUUGACAUUCUCCUAGACCAAGCGAAGGGUCGCCACCAGCGCCGGCUUUCCGCCAAAGAGACCAAGCGUGUAUCUGACCUGGAAGCGCUGGACUUUGACGAGAACUACAGGCGCACGGAGAGCUCGGAUACGAAUGUGAGGGAUCUUUUCAAAGAUACCGUCGGCCUUGAACGUCUCAUCGCCACCCUCCAAGGCUAUCAAGAAGCGGCACAGAGGAUGCGCCUCCUCGGCAUGGAUCCAAAGGAGGAUAUCCCGUUCAACUUUCUCUUCCGCGGACCCCCCGGGACAGGGAAAUCGACCACAGCUCGGAAGAUGGGGAAAGUCUUUUACGACGCUGGCUUUCUUGCUGCACCGGAAGUCAUCGACUGCUCUUCCUCCGACAUAAUCGGCCAAUAUAUCGGGCAGACCGGCCCCAAGGUCCGCCAGCAGCUCGACAAGGCACUUGGGCGAGUGCUCCUCAUUGAUGAGGCCUAUCGCCUAGCUGAGGGCCAUUUUGCCAAGGAAGCACUUGACGAAAUCAUCGAUGCGGUGACAAAGGAGAAGUACCAUAAGAAGCUCAUCAUCGUUCUGGCAGGGUACGACGACGACAUCAACCGCCUGCUCAACGUCAACCCUGGUCUCACCAGUCGCUUCCCAGAGUCCAUCGACUUUCACGGUCUGGAUCCCGAUGAAUGCUUCCAGCUUCUUGCCAAUAAGCUCACCAAAAGAAAAUCUUCCCUGGAAGAGAAAGGUAAAGGCCGGAUGAAUGUCGGAGCUCUCCAAACACCUUCGAAGGAGUUCCGCGACCAGGCGGUUGGGAUAUUUGACAUCUUAUCGAAGCUCCCCAGCUGGGGAAGCGCCCGGGAUGUGGAUACACUGGGCAAGGGGGUCUCCCAAGCGGCCAUCAAGACGGUCGAUGCGAGUAAUAUUGGAAAAACAAUUGUUGUUUCCGAGGAAAUGGUUAUUGCAGAGAUGGAAAAGAUGCUCAAAGAACGGCAGGGCAGAGCAACGCAAGCAAACGGUCCAAUGCCGACCUCGUUGAGACGAGCUCGAGCAACGCCCCAGUCCCAGCCCCAGCCCCAGUCCCAGAAUGCAGACCCAAGUACUCGCGAGACAAGUACUGCAACCUCAACGGCGACGACGACAAAGGUUCAAGAUCCGUGGCUCAGUACCGACCUCUCAGAAGAAGUGGAGGAAACUGAUGCCCCCACAGAAGCACCCGAGCCCCAAAGACACAGGGGCCGUGACAUACUCGGCAUGCGGGACCCAGGGGUCAGCAACGAGGUCUGGGAGCAACUUCAGAAGGAUGCUGAUGAGGAAGCAAGACGAGAGGCCGAGUACCAGGCCAAGGUCAAGGCAUCGAGGGAGGCCAAAGAUGAUGCUCUCAGGGAGCAGAUAAUCAGGGAAUUGAUGGCUGAAGAAGAGCAGAGGAAGGAAGAGGAGGAAAGAAAGAAAAAGCUUGAGCUCUCAGGAAGGUGCCCAGUAGGCUACCACUGGAUUCGUCAAGACUCUGGUUGGAGAUGCGCAGGAGGAUCGCACUUUGUCUCCGAGAUGGACCUUGUGUCGAACAAUGGAUGA